GAUGAUUAAAGUCUGAUUAAAGCCUUUAAACCCGUGAUUAAGGUGCUGAGGGCUUGAUGUGGGUGUGCGGAUCCAGGCGCAUUCAGCAGCAGCAGCAGCAGCGGCAGCAGCGCAGUUUCACAGCAAACCAGCCAGCCAGCCAAUCCAGAGCGGGCAAAACAGCCGGUCAUCUCCAGUCUGAACACACUGUGAACCGCUUCAGGGCAAAACAAGGAGCUGCCAGGCGAGCCCGGGUCCUUCACUGUCAGCGUCUGACGAGGGAGAAGCACGGGGUGUUAGAUUUGCGCUCCCGGGCCGAAUGAUACCUGAGGAGGAAUCUGGGAGACAGAGCCCUCCUAAUAAUAAUCAGCGCUGCCUGCCUGUGUCGGUGCCAUACUACUAACAGCGGGCUCAGCCAGCGAGCCAGCCCCAGCCUGCUCCUUCAGCUAGUCACAGCUGGCAGCGGCGAACAAAGAAGAAGAAGCGAGAAAAAACUACAUUUUCGGAGGCUUUACUGUCGCUCAACGUCCGCUUAGCGUUUGAGGAGAAAGUGGGCGCACCAGAAACUGUCAUGAUGUUUCCACAAUCCAGGCACUCAGCUUCAUCACAGCAGCUCAAAUUCACCACGUCAGACUCGUGUGACCGCAUUAAGGACGAGUUCCAGUUCCUCCAAGCACAAUAUCACAGUCUAAAGCUCGAAUGUGACAAACUGGCCAGUGAGAAGUCAGAGAUGCAGCGUCAUUAUAUCAUGUACUAUGAGAUGUCUUACGGCCUGAAUAUUGAAAUGCACAAGCAGGCAGAAAUUGUGAAGAGAUUAAAUGCAAUCUGUGCUCAAGUCCUGCCUUACCUUUCUCAAGAGCAUCAGCAGCAGGUCCUGGGGGCCAUCGAGAGAGCCAAACAGGUCACCCCACCAGAGAUGAAUUCCAUUAUCCGGCAGCAGCUCCAGGCCCACCAGCUCUCUCAGCUGCAGGGUCUGGCCCUGCCCAUGACCCCUCUGCCUCUAGGGCUGAGUCAGCCAGCCGGUCUGCCCGCCGUCACGUCCAGCUCCGGCCUCUUCUCUCUCUCCAGCAUCCUGGCCUCGCAGGCCCAGCUGGCCAAGGAGGACAAGAGCGCACGGGACGCCUCGGACAGCCACCGCGAGGAGGACGGAGACAAAUCCGACUAAAGCAUCAAUCCUCUAUCCCUCUGUCCCCUCAUCCUCCAGCGCUUACUGUACAGUGGAGGCUGUCUGUCCUUCUGUCUUUCUUUUUCUUUCUUUCUUUCUUUCCUUUCUUUCUUCUUUUUUUUCUUCCUUUCUUUCCUUUUCUUUCUUUCGUUCUUCAGCCCUCUUAUCUUGCUCCUCAUUGCUAUAAAUGGCGGUUGUGUUUUUGACCCAGUAUCAUUUGUUCCACAUCAUUCCAUUAGCUUUAUAUUCAUCAGGCCACCUUUUUCGAAGUAUGCAAACGUUUUUUUUUUUCUUUCUUUUUUUUUCUAUUUUAUUAUUAUUAUAUAUAUUUUGGUUAUUUUGCAGCAGUCAUUACAGUCUGAGUGUAUGUAUAUAUAUCUAUAUGUAUAAUAUAUUCCACAUUCUGCCUCAUUUCAGCAUGGCCAGCCUGCUCCACUGAGGCACCGUCAGUGUUUCUUUGAGCUUAGUGUUUUUUUGAGCAUUUCCCCUCCUUUCCUUCUGCUAAAGCGACUCCCCUUCAGCUCCUUCUUCCACUUAACAACGUUUAAAGGAGCAAUAAGCUGAAAUGAAUCACAUCACCGGUAAUUAAUGACAGUAGAGAGGGGAUAUAUGAAGUCUCCUCUCCACAGUGAUCUGGCGGGGGUCUAAUUCCUCUUCUGUAAGGAACAGUUGAACAGGAAUUGAGGAAAAGGCUUAUUGGUCCUUUAAAUGUUCUGUUGUGCUUUAAAGGAAUGCUCCAAUAUUUUCCAAUUUUAUCUCUAUGGGCUGCAUCUGUAUUGUACCAUUGAUUACCACAGACAAUUGUGGCAUGUUCCUGUAAAGUGAGUUACAUCUGAAGUGCAAAAUACAGACAAAACACUACUUUUAUUAGAUAUAUACAUGUAUAUAUUUAUAUAAAAAAAUCCACUGAUAGAAAAAGCACAUAUAGAACCCCCAUUGGCUGUAACCUAAAUUGAUCAUUUCUUUCUCAAAAGCACUUCAGUAUGUAGAGGUGAACUGUUUUAUUGACUAACUAGUGAUAAAAUGUGAAUUUGGACUAUUUCAGCUGGCAGAACUUUUUUAUUAGGAGCUAUAGAUUGGUGGGUGCAAUGUUUUGAGAAAAAAAAAGGUUAAUAUUUUGGUAAAUCCAAUUGGUCUUUAAAAAUCAAUGUUUUACCGUGAUAACAGGCGAACAGUCUAUUCCUGUUAGAGGCAGCAUUUUAUUUUUGUUCCAAGUUAUAUUAAGUUAUGCAAACAAGUUAUUAACUGAACGAAAAUUAAUUUUACUAGUUUCCACUACAUUUUGUUCCUUGCAACAUUUCUUUCCUAUUUGGAAAAGUGUUACGUAAAAUAUGGGACCAGAGUUAAUAUUUCAUACAGAACAGGCAUACAUUUAAUUUUCUUAACAUUUUUAAUGGAUUUUUUUUAUGUAACUUGUCCCAUGUAUAUGUAAACAUAAAUAUCAUAAUUUUCAAAUGCUUAGAAAGCAGUUCAGUUUGCUUUUUUUUCAUUUUCGUUUCUUAUUACAGGCAGACGCUUGUAAAAACUCCACCCUUUAUGCUGAUAAUGAAUUACAACAAAUUGUUCCCUCUGGAAUAUUCAUCACAUUUUUAAAAGAAUGAUACAGAUUUGCAGCUUCAUUUACAGGUACCUUUGACUAGAGAAUACCUAAUUGAAUUCAGCAACUAGUAUUUUCAAUCCACAUGUUUUUAUUAUUGUUUUCAUCUAUAUUUCUAAGUUCAUAUGAUCCCUUGAUAAGACUUGUGUCUUUGGUGACUGAUUGUACGCUACACACUCUUUAAGGAGAUCAGGUUGGAUUCUCUUUGGAACAUUCCUUUAAAUCGGUAUAUGAGCAUAAUGCCAGACUGAGGGAUUUUAGAUUGCUAAUAGUGAAGAACUAACUAACCUGAACAGAGAUUAAAAUCGGUCUGAUCCCUCUUUAUAUACAGGUACAUGUUUACUUGUUUUCUAAUGCUUGUAUGGAUUAUGAAAAAGUGUUGGUCUCUCUCGCUGUCGUAGACAGAGAGCGUUUAGUUAGCGCUGCUAAGAUGCUAGCCAAACAGCUCGUCCUUUCACCAAGUGAAAGGGGGCGCUGUUUAAAAUCUGAAUCUGUUUUUAUGGUAUUGAGUAUUUACUGUCCAUUUGGUAAGAAAUGUGUUUGUUGUUUUCCUUAGAGAUAUGUUGGAAGGAAUUAUGUUAAGUGGAGAAAAAAAAAAACGUUUUUUUCUGAAACAUCAAGCACCUUUUCUAAGCAGCUUUCCCCUGUAGAUGGAUGUAAGCACUAAAAAGACGUUCAGAAUUGUGUGUUGAAUGAGGCCCCAGAAACCCCUGUUUUAGUGACAGAAUCGUAGAGCACACUUUAUUUUCUUUGUUCUUUUACAACAGGCCUGAACUGAAUUCUACACUCUUAAACAUACAUGUGAGGAAAGGAUUCCUUGGUGUGAUGCCAUAGAAGAUCCACAAUUUAUUUGGGUGUGUGGUUCUGACACUGUUUUACUGGACCCCUAGACAGCCCACAUUUUUGCUUGAUCCCUUUUAUGUCAUCUUACCAGUCUGGAACCCAAAUUGGGAACCAGUUCUUUAGACUUAAUCCUCAAACCAAUCCUCAGAUAUCCCCAGAUGUUCCUUUUAACAUUUAAACAGUGGCCCUCAAACCGGUUCUUAUACAUAAUCAGACAUUACACAUCUCUUAUCUUUAAAAACUUUUAAACUGCUUCUCAGACAUGACCAGAUGUUCUAGGUUUAAACAGUUGUUCUCAGCCUGAUCCUAAAACACAACCAGACAGUCUACAUUUUUGCUUUUCUAAAGUUUUGUAAAGUUUAGUAAAACCAGUCCUCAGUCUUCUCUUCAGUUUGAAGGUAUUGGAGAAGAAGAUUAAAGAACUUACAUUUACAGAAAAGCCCUUUAAAUUAAACUCAAGCAAAGAUUGCUUGUUCAAACAUGUUACUUUAGGCAACAGCAUGUAGUUCUUCUGUGGCAUCACUCAAAUUGCCAUUUGUUCACCUUUAUGUCGAAAGAGUCAUUAUACAAUAAAAUGGACUAAAAUUCUUGCUUUGAAUUAUGAUACAUCUUGUCAUAAUGCAUUGGAUAAUCUAUCAUGCAGCAACAUUGACCAGAAAUAUUUACCCUGUUUGAUGGAGGUGAAUGUCAUGAAUACUCCUCAUCUGAACCUGUAACUGAUUGGUCGGGACAGUAAGAAUCUGAGAUAUCUGAAAUUAAGUGGUGGAAAUCACAAUAUGCUUGAGGAAGUGAUUUCAGUAUUUUGCAGCUCUAUUUUCUGACAGGGUGUGUUGGGAAAGUGUAGUUAAUGCUUUGAGUGGAUGUAAAAGUAAAACUAUUUCAAGGUCAGCCUUUCAUUUUUGUGCCAUUUCUGUCCAUGCUGAAGUUUAGCUUUUUGACCAACAGGGGGCAGUAAGCUUGCAGUGACUUAGCUCUGUUACAGCCGUGAUCUCUCUUUGAUUUGGAAUCCCUCCCCUUUUCUAUUUUAAGCCUUCUCUGAUGGUCAUUACACAAGCCUGUUUUCCCACAAAAUGUCCCCCCUCUCCUGAGCGGAGAAGAUUAAUGGUGCAUCUGAAUGAAAUGCACAUUUGUCCAAUCAGCUCUGUGUGAGCUGCUUAGGUAAGAGCAAAAAAAAGCCAGAACGAUUUGUGAAUUAAUCCAAUUUGUUUGAUGGAUAACCUGCAGUCAAAUGUUGUUUGCUAAUAGAUUGUGUUGCACAACUAACCUGAAGUACAGAUCACUCCGCUUAAGCGUUUUAAGGGCCGCACUGCAGGAACAGGUAUACUCUUGAGGAGCUUAGUUCCAGGACAUCACUGUUCUUUUGUUCUUUGAGUUCCCACUGCAUCCUGUCUUUUACUGAGAGAAGAACUGUUGAUUUGCAUUUCUAAAUACAGGAAUGAAUAAAACUGCAUUCAUGUUGGGCUGUUAAAUGUAGUGCAAGUAUAAUAAUUACACUUAUGAAAAAGUAAGAGCGGAGCACAACCAUGCUAUUUUUAUGAUAUUGCUAAAGUACAGGAGUGAAUUCUGUGACUGAGCUCGUAACUUGAAAUUAAGACCUAAUAACAAAUUGGGGGGAAAAACACCAUUGUUUGGCAAUUCAAACAAUUGGAAAACGUCUGCUUAGUUGGGAGAACACCCUCUUAACUAGGAAUUCCAACUUGGAAAAUUGAAACUGUUAUCAAUUUCAGGCUUACAGUAUUGUGUCAAAUCAACAUGGCUGCCUAUAUUGUCAAAAACAUUAACACACUACUCAUACGUCAAAAUUUCUUUUUUUUUUUUUUUUUUUUUUAGUUGAUUUUUUUUCCCCCCUAUUUUCUCCCAAUUUAUCUGUCCAAUUGUCUCACCUAUUCAGCUGCUACUCAGCUCCGGCAGCUGAUGAUGGCAAGCUGCAUGACCGGGAUUUGAACCAGCAGUCUCCCGAUCACAGUGGCAGCGCUUUAGACCGCUGGAACACUCCGUGCCCCAAGUUGAAAUUUCUAACAAAACAAAGUUAGUGAUUGGCUGUUUAAUUGGGAAUGGCUACUUGGAAAUUUGGAACAGUGUCCAUCCAUCACUGUUAGUGUCAAGGGGCACAGUUAUCAGUAGUAACAUGCAGCCCAUCUGUUCAUAUUUCACAAGGAAAACACCUGUUCAGCUGAGAUUUCCUACUCCUAAGUUCUCAAUUUCAGAUUUAGUGCAUGUUGUGGAAACCACAUGGUUUCUCUCAUCAACAUUAGUAACACUGUUCAUAUUUUGGAAUUUUCAAAAUAUGUAUUGGAUGGUUAGAUUUCUAUGUGAUGAGUCAGCAUUAGCAACACACUGUACAUCUGUUUAUAUUCUGGAUGUUUUUUUGUUUUUUUUUACUAGUAAAAGUCAAAGAAAACACCCUUUCAACUGGGAAUUCCAAUUUGAAAAGUUGAAAUAGUGUUUUUAACACCCUGUUAUCAGGAAUCUCUGACGCAGGUUAAAUUAUGUGCACGAUUGCUCAUAUCAAAAAAGCGUAACUCCAACAAGGAAAAGUGUGAAAACCGCUGCAUAACUGUGAAUUCUUUUUUCAUGGAAAGUUGUGAAAGUGUCAACAGUUUAACAUACUCUUUAAGAACACCCCACUUACAAACCCAGUCAUUUAAACCCAGUCAUUUAAACUAGGCCUCCUUCUGUUCUCACUUUGUGGCUCAGACGCACCAAAAUAAAAAUGCCAUCAUUCCAAAUUCAAAAUCAGAUCUGUCUUGGAUUUGCUGUUUUAAAAUUCCUGAGUGGUAUGGGAUUUAAAUAAGCUAAACCAAUAAUUCUAGAGUAUUAGUUACUCUGUGUUAGGUUGUGCCCCGCUCUACACAUAUUCAUAUUCUGUCUGUAUAUGGAAACUCCUUCUCUCUCUGUUUGUCACUGUGCAAAAUGGCAGUAACAAUGUGUCUUCUUUUCUUCUUAGUUUUUUUGUUUGUUUGUUUGUUUAAAAAGCUUAAUAAUUUCAGGUGCACCUUGUGCAUAUGUGCUUGUGGCAUUUACCUUAUUGUAUUCAUCAGUUCUGCUGUGUUUUAUAUAUAUACGUACAGUGUACACACAUACAGUGUAUAUAUAAAUUCCUUCAGUUGGUUUUGUUGCGAUCAUGUGGGUGCUUUAGAUCUGUCUCUAAAUGUCUGUAUAUAAGCGGUGAUUUUUGGAUUUGCCGUAGAUUUACAGUUUCCAUUGAUCCUAUUAAACAUUUGCCUGUGAUUUUGCACACAACAUAUUUGGGCAUGGGCUGUUCCUUAAAGGGACGGUGCACAAUUUAUCGACUUUAUCAGCUUGAUCUCGUGCGGCAUGAUCCAGUGCAUUUAUUAUUAUGGCAACACUGCAUCAUCAAAACAUGCCCUGAUAUUCUGCUUUGUAGUUUUUACGUGAAGAAUUAUGUCUUCUUGAGAUGUUCUGGUGGAUUUCAUCGGCAAAUACACUAUAUGGACAAAAGUAUUGGAACACCUACUGCUUAAUAUCCUUUUAUGUGCUUUUUUUUGGAGUAACUGUCUCAAAAGAAUUGGAUGGAGCACCAUUAAGCCAGACCAACAGGUCCACAAUUCCACAUCUUUAACUGGACUACAGGGAAUAGGGAUUAAGCUUUUUAUGUAUCAGCAUUCAUUAGAAGAGGUGUCUGCAAACAUUUGGCCAUAUAGUGUGUCUGAAUGAUAGUGGUUCUACCGCAAGAACUGAACUGUAUCAUCCACAGCGCUACUGUUGAACUGAAUGAGUGUGGUGUGCUACUUGCGCUUUGUCUGCAAUGCAGUUGUUUUCUUUUCUAAAAUGCCUGCUAUUAGUGUGUGUGUGUGUUUAUAUGAAUAUUUGUUACCUAAUACAGAGAACUUAGAACUCAAACUAUGAGAUUCAGAUCCAGACCAUUGAAAUGUAUUACUCUUAUGGAGGCAGUCGGUUACAGUAGAUGAUGUACAGUAUGUGUGUACCGCUCUACAAAAAGCGAAAGCAAGCUUCUUGUCAGUGGAUGCAUCUGUGUUUUGAGAGUUUGGACUUUGCUAACAGUUGAUCUGUCCGUGCUCUGCCUGCUGAUGUGUUCUUUUAUAGCAGCUGCUGGGAGAAAGUUGGACAAGCUUUAUGAAACAUGAAGAAAAACAACAUUCAACCUACUGAGAAAGUGCCCAAAAUAUGCCAUAGCUAUGCUUAUGCUUUGGAAUGUGCGAAACUGUGAGUCUGUAGAGGAUGUGACGUGCACCAAUCAGCCACAACAUUAAAACCACCUUGCCCGAUCAGCCAUGUUGAGGUAUGAUAUUGCUUCAUAGUACCUGUAAAGGUAUCCUGUUGUAUCUGAAUCCAAGAAUAAUGUUGGCAACACAAACGCAUUCUGUAAGUUAAGUCCUGUUUUGAGGUUAUGAGGUGGAACUCCAAUGGUUUCUCUCCACUGCAGGGCCAAAUGUUUAAACGCUAAAGCCCUAUGCGGAUGGGAUUAUUUUCUCAGGGGGACAUCUGUGAAAAAUAUUUCACACUUCUACUCAGUGAUAAAACUCUUGCAUCAGGACUGCAAUUGAAAAAAACAGGAGGACCUGUUAGUUUUUUUCUAGCUUUUUAAAAUUUUUUUAUUUUUAUUGGCUUUCUCGGUCACGACAUCACGUUCAGUAGCUCCUCCAUUUCCACUCGUUGUGGAUGUAGAUCUCCGUGGAAACAUGCGCCCAAAGUGUAAUCAUGGUGAGUGGCAGUGAACAAAUAGUUAUUUUAUCAAAAGAGAAAAUUACCCCAGGACCACCUGAGAAACUAGUCUUGUCUGGAUAUGGCUUAAGGGUGCAUGGUACCCUUAAAUGGAAAUGUGGACCAAAAAUGGAGAUGUGAAUCAAACUGGUUAUUAUGGAUUUUUAUUUUAUUUUUUUUUAUCUUUGCUACAUGUAAUGUCAGCCACUUUAUAUAUAUAUAUAUAUAUAUAUAUAUAUAUAUAUAUAUAUAUAUAUAUAUAUAUAUAUAUAUAUAUAUAUAUAUAUAUAUAUAUAUACAGUAUUUUAUAUAUAUGUAGCAACAUAACCCAAUAUUUUAGGUGUUCAUCCCUGGGGCAUCUUUGGCCCAAUCCUAUUUCUCUUUUGUGCCCCUUGUGUUUGAGUGAAAGAUUUCCCCUUGGAACCGAGUUACAUGGGGAAGGGUUGAAAUCUUCCCUUUAAGGAUUGGUACAAACCCUUUAAAGCACCCAAUACAGAUAUAUAACAGCUAACAGUGGAGCGCUAAAGUUCAGCAACCAAGCUGCUGAUUAACUAAUCAACUUUAGGACAUUGUAUGUCUUCAAAAAUAGGACUGGUGAUACAGCAAAUAAUUAUUAUUAUUGUCCGUACCUUAAUUCCUCUGUGAUGGGGAGCUGAAAUUAGCUUUUAUUUUAUUUAAUUUUUCAGUUCCACCUUAAAUGCUGCAGUUAGCUAGCUAGAUAGUUAGCUAGAUAGUUACUGAGACAAGCUAUAGCAAUUUUUAUGCUUAUUGUUUUUUUUGCUCGCUUGUGCCGCCAUUUUGCCAGUGAUUCUCAUAAUCCCAGUUUAAAGGACCUUGUAGCCAUAACACUUUCCCCUACACCUCAAGCAUAACAAGAAUUGGCACAUCCUACACUAGGUGUGAACAUGCAAAACAGAGGGCUACAUGAUUGGGCCAAGGGGUGAAAUGGAAUUGGGCCUUAGUUGUCCAAACCCAAACCAGUUGUGGUUUUUCAGAUUUUAUUCUUACCAAGUUGUUAAAUCCGGACUAAGUUCUUGCAGCAAACUGAAGCCUUUUCUUUUUUGUGUGUGUAAAGCUGCACAGACUACACUCCUCGAAUGCAGGCUACGCCUUUUUUCUGUAUUGAAGUUAUAUAAAAAACCCAGAUCUUUUUUAGCUCAAAGGUGGCGCAAAUGUGGACCCAAUCAGUGGAUCUCUACAUCAUUAAGCAAUCCCACCAAAAUGCUUUUUGUCCCCAGGUAUGGUUUGCUAACCAUGCUGAGAAAACCAGGCUCCACACGGAUUGUGAGCAUGUCGUGCCAAACCGUGUCCAUGUGGAAAAGCUGCCGGAACGGUUAUCCUCCAAGCUCAGACCCACUCAGAACCGUUCAGCCCUGCAGUGGAAAUGAGGCCAGUAAGUCUUCAGUGCUCAUGACCUUGUCAUCAGAUCACUGCUUGUCCUUCCUCGCUGGACGUUUUGGUGGGUACUGAGCACUACAGUCUGGGAACCCUUCACAAGACCUGCCUGAUGUUUUGGAGAUGCAUUGUCCCUGUCGUCUACAGUCAUCACAAUUUGGCCCUUACAUUUUUAUGGUUUAUCUAUAACAAAAAAAAUAGAAAAUGACUGUUUAGUUGCACCAGUGUUUUUGUUUGUUGUAUUUUACGUAAGUGGUUUUAUUGUUAUGGCUGAUUGGUAUAUUUUCACAGAAUGAACAUGAUUCUGAUCAGGCAUGGCCAAUCUCAGUCUUUAUAUACAAUAGACGUUAUAUACAGGCAAGUGUUGAACUGUGAUUGAUUUCUGAUUGUAGACUGUUGUUCAUACAGUUUGUAGACUCUGGUUGCAGUGGAGCUGUAGUAGUCUUUAAUGGGAACGUCUGUACUAAAUUCUGCUGAACUGGACCAUUUAAUUAAUCAAUGUUAGGCCAAUAUUAUAAGGUUAAUGUGAUUUUUUUUUUUUAUGAGGUUGAAUAAGACUUUUGUCAGCAUUUUGUAAAACUUGUCCAAUCCAGCAACAGUUUGCCAGUGAAGAACACAUGCAUGACCAAAGCAUGGAUGGAUCAGGUGAUUGCAUUUAUGAAGAGGUUAAAAUGCCCUCCUAAACCCCGCCCCUUCUCAGCCUCCCCUUUCCAAAUCAUCGCUUGCCCUUUGCUUGGUCAUUUGCAUAAAGCAUUGUAAGCAUUUUGAGCUUUGUAAAGGUCAUUUUUUAAGAACUUUUAUUUUCUGUAUAUUGUACAACCUGAAGUGCAAAAAUAACUGUUAUACAAUAGCUUAAAGAUGAAAUAUUAACACAAAAAAAGAACAUUUUACUCUAGAUAAAUGGAUAUUUCUGCAGUAAGGAAAUGCUUCUGGUGCCUUACAAAUAAAAUCAAUCAGAACAGUGGAGAAAACAA